CGUAGUGCAUUUGUGUGCGUUUUUGACGCCACCCAUACGGACCUGAGGGAUUCGGCUUCAUAGGAUCUGUACUCUGCGGCGAAUAAGGGAUCAUCAUUUGUCAUUGAUGCCUGUGAAAGCGGCGUUCACACUUAGAAUGUAGACGACAUUUGAUAGGCAUUAUAGUGUUGGAAUUGGAUGAUUUAGCAAUGCUAUCCCAGACAUUUCUGCAACAAUGGUCGCCAGGUGAAUUGUCCGUAUGAUAUUUCGACGAUGGCGACACCUGCAGAGCACGACCUUGUAUUAGCUGAAGCAGAGAGCAACAAAGAGAAGUCUCAAGUAUUCGGAAUCCUUAGGUUUCAGGAAGAAAAAUCGGCCGGUGAAAAAGCUAGCACCACCACGACCAUGAGAGCCGGGGACGGGAGAUGGCAGGCACCCAUAUUUGCACUAGCCAGGAAAGCAUCAGAGACCUUUUCAGGAAGCAGCAGUCAUGUUUUGGCGAAGGUAGCGGAACCCACAUCUUUUGUAAACGAAUGGAGUGCCCAAGCUCUGCGGGACCCUAUGUCGAUGGAGAGAACCAACCUGCUGAACAUGGCCAAGCUCAGCAUCAAAGGCCUGAUCGAGUCGGCCCUCAGUUUUGGACGCACCCUGGACUCCGACUACCCCCCACUCCAGCAGUUCUUUGUUGUCAUGGAGCACUGCCUCAAACAUGGCCUCAGAGUGAAGAAGUCAUUUCUUGGAUACAACAAGUCUCUGUGGGGUCCUCUAGAGAUGGUGGAGAAGUUGUGUCCCGAGGCAGGAGAGAUCGCAGCCAGCGUCAGGGACCUACCAGGACUAAAGACUCCGCUGGGCAGAGCUCGGGCCUGGCUGCGUCUAGCUCUGAUGCAGAAGAGGCUGGCUGAUUACCUCCGCCUUCUGAUCACCAGAAAGGACCUGCUAAGUGAUUUCUAUGAGAAUUCUGCUGUGAUGGUAGAGGAGGAGGGUGCUGUCAUCGUUGGCCUGCUGGUGGGACUCAAUGUGAUCGAUGCCAACCUUUGUGUCAAGGGAGAAGACCUGGAUACACAGGUUGGGGUCAUUGACUUCUCCAUGUACUUGAAAAAUGACAUUGAUGACUACAGAAGUGAAGAAAGAAAUGGUCAAAUAGCAGCCAUCCUGGACCAGAAGAACUACGUUGAAGAAUUAAACAGGCAGCUUAAUUCUUCAGUACACGGCUUACAAGGGAGGGUCGAUAACUUGGAGAAAUCAAACUCUAAACUCAUUGAGGAGCUGGCGAUUGCAAAAAACAACAUAAUCAAACUACAAGAGGAGAAUCAUCAGCUUAGAAAUGAGAACACUAUUAUUCUCAUGAAAGCUCAGCAGCAACUUGAGGUGACCCAGGUGGACGUGGACGUGGAGCUGGACACCUUCAAGAAGUCGAGGCAGGGCCUGGACGAGAUGUACAACGAGGCCAGGAGGCAGCUCAGGGAGGAGUGUCAACUACGCCAGGAUGUGGAGAAUGAGUUGGUGGUGCAGGUGAGCAUGAAGCAGGAGAUGGAUCUGGCCAUGAAACUGUUGGAGAAGGACAUCCACGAGAAGCAGGACACACUGAUCGGCCUGCGCCACCAGCUGGACGAAGUCAAGGCCAUCAACGUGGAAAUGUACUCAAAAAUGCAGACUUCCGAUGACGGCAUGAAACAGAAGAACGACAUGAUCACUCGUUUGGAGGAGAAGACCAAUCAAAUCACAGCAACCAUGAAACAGCUGGAACAGAGAUUACAGGAGGUUGAUCGGGACCGCUGGACCGCAGAAGAUGGAGCGCGCAAAUUCAAGCAGGACUUUGUCAACAAAGCCGACAGCCUCCAAAAGCAGGUAGCCCAGAGAGAGAAGCAGAGGUUGCAGCUGGAGACAGACUUAAAGAUUGAGAAGGAGUGGCAGCAGACCUUACAAAACAACCUGGAGAGGGAACGAGACAUCGUCGCCCAGCUCAGUGCUGAAGCCCAGCAAAUAAAUGGGCUUAAAAAGGAGUUCCACAGGCUGCAGGAUGAGAACAGCCAGCUGACUGGAGUAUGUGACGAACAGGAGCAGGCCCUGGAGGAGCUGGGAUGCAAACUUAGCGAAUCAAAACUUAAAAUCGAGGACAUAAAAGAGGCAAAUAAAGCUCUUCAGGGGGGGCAGAUCUGGCUGAAGGACAAAGACGCCAACAUCUGUAAACUGUGUGAGAAGGAGUUCUCCAUCUCUCGGAGAAAGCACCACUGUAGAAACUGUGGGGAGAUCUUCUGCAAUGCCUGCUCUGACAACGAGCUGCCCCUCCCCGCCUCGCCAAAACCAGUGAGGGUCUGUGAUACGUGCCACGCCCUUCUUCUCCAACGCUGCUCCUCAAAUGCCACAUGAGAUGCCUCCUUUCAGCCCCAUCCACAGCUUUAACUCAGCCCCCCCGCUGUUCAGACUACCAGGAAACCUCUGAGCUUGUGUGACUGUUAUCAGGUGUCAAGCAUUUAGGUUCUCCUAGGUGUUGUCCUUUGUGUAACAUGAGAUUUGAGAUGUUAUAUCUGUGACACUUAUAUGACACUAAGGCUGCGUUUAGACAGGCAGCCCAAUUCUGAUGUUUUUUUUCACUUUUCACCAAUCAUAUCAGAUAUUUUGCCAAUAAUUGGGCAAAAGAUCAGAAUUGGGCUGCCUGUCUCCACAAUAGACUAAAACCAUGUGGGCAGCUGAGCAUAUCAUUCCAAAUCUCCAGUAAGAAUAUCAAGAGACGAUGCAAAGUAUGUUUCUCUACGGACGGAGGAAUAGAGUGGUUGAGCCUGUUGUGAUAAGCCGUCGAGUCAUUGGACAUAAUCAUAUUUUGGUUUUGUUGAGUCGUGUUAUUUCACUUGAAUGUGGAUGGUCUUACAUGUUGUAAUUCACAUGUGCCUCUAAUAAGCCAAAAUACUGAAUGAGUACCUUUCACAGAUUUGUUUCUGCAUGAUAGAAUGCAGGCACAUUUCAGAAGUAUGUUUACCAAAAGCACUAAUGUUCCCAAUGCUGCCUUGGUUAUGAAGAAGAAACUACAUGAAACAGCACAGCAAAUGUAUAUGUUGUGCCUUUGAUUACUGACUGAAAAACACAAUAUUAACUUAAGUAGGCCUAAUUAAUUAUUAACUUAACAAUAACUAUAAUUAUCAUUAAAAUAUACUGUAGCUACCUAACGUAGCAAAUGAUUACGUUUGGAAACACCCAUCUUGUAUUUAUUUUUAUAAAGUGGAAAAAAUAUUUCAUUUCUGAGUAUUUGUUGUUUUUCUGCACAUUUUAUUUGAAUAUUUGUCAUACAAGUUUAAAAUCGUGUAUCACAAAGUGACAAAUAAUUUAAGAUGUACUGUACAUUCAUUUGUGUGUACCAAAUGAUACACUUGCUGUAUAUUUUGUUUUGUAUUCAAUCAGCAAAACAAUGUGUUUCAAUGUAUAAUUUUCCAAAACUGGAAUGAAUACUUUUCAUAAAAAAUAAAUAGAUAUGGUACAUCUCACAUAAUCAAAA